AUGCCGACCUGCCCGGUAUGCGACCAGGUCAUUAACGCAGACGAUACUGCCUUCGAGCAUCAUGUCAACGCACACUUUGACGGGAGUGCCCAACCCGGCCAGCAGAACGGCACCGACGGCGGCAACUUCCUCCUGUCGCCGCCCCUGCCAUCAGACGACGAGGUAGAGUUCCUCGGGCAAAGCGCACCCGAGUCGCGCUGCUUCGUGUGCGCGACCGACCUCUCGUCCCUCAGCGAGACGGCGCGUAACGCGCACGUCAGCGACUGCCUAGACUCGGGAGGCGUGGAUGCAGCACCCCAGAGAGACCGGUUAAGCCAAGACUCGGACUUCUAUCUCGAAGACCCAGAUACGCCGAACGACAUCUCGCGGCAUGUGGGGAAGGGCAGGAGGCUCGACGGCCUGUGGAACGGGGCGGUGCUCGCGUCUCUCAAGCCUGGUCGGGACAGGGAGGCCAAGGGCGACGACUGGUGGGACCCAAUACGCGGCGGCGUGAAGCACGGCAACGUCCCCUCCAACUUCUCGCCAGGCCUCAUCCCUGUCCUCCGUGACAUGUUGCUCAAGGACGUGUCCAAGCGGCAGAUCCGAUCGGCCGUUCUGGCCUCUGGGGGCGUGCACAUCAAGAGCAACUGGACUUUUGAUGGCACCUGGGGGUGUGGCUAUCGCAACGCCGAGAUGGUCAUCUCGGCGCUCGUCUCUGAGCCGCCGUACCGCGAAGUCUUCCCCAACCCUGGCGUGAGGGCCAUUCAGUCGUGGAUCGAAGACGCGUGGCGCGCGGGUUACGACCCAGAAGGGCGGUUCCAGCUGCAGGACAAGCUCCUCGGCACGAGGAAGUGGAUUGGGACUUCUGAUCUCUAUGCCAUGUUCAGCGCAAGAGGUGUGAGGUGCACACUGUAUGACUUUGACAAACCUGGCGGCAACAACGGAUCCGACGAGCCAGCGUUUAAGCGUCUGCAGCGCUGGGUGAAGAACUACUUUGAUGGUGACGACGGUGUGGGGCUCCCCGGCUCCGUGCGCAUCUCGACCCAGCUGCCCGUGAUCCUGCAGCACUCGGGCCACUCGCGUUCUAUUGUGGGAUACGAAGAGACGGCCAAGGGCGACAUCAACCUCCUCAUCUUUGAUCCAGCCAAAACCAUCCCUAAGGACGUUCGAUCGGCCGGCAUCGAGCAAGUGCGCCAGUCUCGCAACGGGGUGUCGCGCAGCCCAACAGUGGUGCAGACGACGCUGUCGUCAGAGCCGGACACGAGGGCUAGGGAGGGUGACGAAGCAGCAGAGCUGAGCGAGGACGAUGAGGUUGGGCCUGGCGGCUGGGUACGCCGGCGCAAGCUGAGUCUGGGCAAGGGCAAGCAGGCGAGCAAUAGCACUCUUCCCUCGUCUCUGGGCGUGUUCCGUGUCAACAUGACCCGAUUCAGCUCGCACACCAAGUACCAGGUGCUUGCGUUUACUGGUGGUUCAUUGUUGACGCCAGAGGAGCGGCUGGCGCGCCAGACGCCGACUAGCACGAUAAGCUAG